AUGGUGUAUAUCAAAUGUGGGAUCGACCUCGGAUGUGCACCACAGGGCAGCAUUGGAUCCGGAACGAGGUGGUUCGGGUACAGCUCCGGUGAGAGGAGGAAAGGAAGAGGAGUGACGGCGAGCGACGGCGAAGAGCGGCGUGAGGAAGAGGAGAGGGAGAGUAGCCAGUCCGGCAGCGGCGACACGCGAGAAGGAGGAGAGGGAGAGAAGGGGAGAAGAGGAGAGGAGCGGUUGGAGGCCAAUGUCCGGCGUUGCGAGGAGGAAGAAGAAGAAAGAUGGGCCGAUCUCUACGGCAAGGAGUUGAUCACGAAGGAAAGAAGGGGAGGAGAAGAAGUGACGGCCAGUGGCCGUCGUCUGAGCCGACGAGGAACCUGGGAAGGAGGAAAGGCCCCUUCCUUUUGCUUCUGUGGUGGCAACGAGAUCUGA